GAAAGAAAAGAACGGUUAAUUUCCAAAGCAAAAAAGUCACAUUUUUCGUGUUUCCUGCAAAGUUUGAGGUCACCCAGAGAAAAGUCCGGGACUUUCUUUGAGUAUUUUCGUUGAACAUUUAGCGCAAAUAUCAACUGGAUGUGAGGAAAAUGAUGCCCUACUACUACCCACAGUACUAUCCAUACGUUCUUCCGUCUCCCCCGCCGCAAAUUCAGGCGAUGCCAUCGGCAGUGGGCGGCGCUGGCCAUGCGUCGCAUCCGGCCUCCCUAAUUAGCAACGAGGACUGCGGGAUCCGGGAUGUGUGGAAGCACAACUUGGAGGAUGAAUUCCGGACAAUACGGCAGGUGGUGCAGAAGUAUCACUAUGUGGCCAUGGAUACGGAAUUUCCGGGUGUUGUGGCGCGUCCACUUGGGGAAUUUCGCUCCUCGGCAGACUACCAAUACCAACUGCUGCGCUGCAAUGUUGACAUCCUCCGGAUUAUUCAGCUGGGGCUCACAUUCAUGGAUGAAGACGGCAAGACCCCGCCGGGCUUCACAACGUGGCAAUUUAAUUUCAAAUUUAACCUGAGCGAAGAUAUGUAUGCGCAGGAUUCAAUUGAUUUACUCCAAAAUUCCGGGAUUCAAUUCAAGAAGCACGAGGAAGAUGGGAUCGAUCCGUUGGAAUUUGCCGAGCUCCUCAUGACAUCGGGUAUUGUCUUGAUGGACAACAUAAAGUGGCUCAGCUUCCAUUCGGGAUACGAUUUUGGCUACCUCCUCAAAUUGCUUACGGAUCAAAUGCUGCCUGUGGAGGAGAGUGAAUUCUUCGAGUUGCUCCGCCUCUACUUUCCCACAAUCUACGACGUUAAGUAUCUCAUGAAGUCAUGCAAGAAUCUGAAGGGUGGACUCCAGGAGGUGGCCGAUCAGCUGGAGCUACGCCGUGUGGGUCCCCAGCACCAAGCCGGCUCAGACUCACUCCUCACUGGCAUGGCUUUCUUCAAAAUGCGCGAGAUGUUCUUCGAAGAUAACAUCGAUAACGCCAAAUACUGCGGACAUCUAUACGGCCUGGGGACAUCCUUUAUUGUCAAUGGCAACAACUACCCUGACAAUGGAGAAGGAAAUUCCGCAUCUUAAGCACUAAACUUUCAAACAAACAAAAAUUUCAACAAUAAAGAAAAAAAAACAGCAACACAACACACACUAAAAAAGCAACUUUAAUUAAUUAAGAAACGAAGGGGAGGAAUUAACAAAGAAAAUAAUAAUAUUAUGAAAAAAUAUGUAGAAGCGAGGGCAGAGUAUAUAUAUUUAAAAAAAAAAAGCUUCUCAUCACAAUAUUUCCGUGAAAGAAAUAGCGCGUUUAGGGUCCUUUUUAGAGCUCACAAAACACUUUCCUCUAUUUUUUCUUCCUUUUUUUAAUUUAGUGAGAAAUGAUAAGAAAGCGUUUUGUUUAUUUUUUUUUAUUAGACCAACGAGGUAUCCUCGUGAAACAUUUUUUUCAUUUUUAUUGAACUUUUAGUAAAAAAAACAAACAUUUAUAAUGUUGAGAAAUUUCGUCUUGGACACUUGUGAAUUAAAAAAAAGUGGAAUUUUUUGGAUUCUCAUUUCUCCUUUCAAAAAGUUUAUUAAAAAAAGCAUUUUGUAAAGCGAUAGAUUAUCAUGUAUAAGAGAGAUGGAAGAGAGUAAAAAAAAACAAAUAGCUGAAAUACAUUUUUCUUAUCACAAAA